AUGUCAUCCCGUACAAUUGUUCUCGUUACUGGCGCAAACAGUGGCAUAGGUUAUGAAGCCGUGAAAGCCUUUCUUCAAUCGACCAAACCAUACCAUAUCCUCUUCGGCGCCCGUUCUUUGGAAAAAGCUCAAAUUGCCAUUGAUGAUUUGAAGAAGGAAGUUACAGGUUCUAAGAACACAAUUGAAACACUAGAGGUUGAUCUCGUGAGCGAUGAGAGUAUUGAGAAGGCUUUUGAGACGGUCAAGGAAAAACAUGGGAGAGUGGAUUCAUUGGUUAACAAUGCUGGCGCAACUUUCGAUAUCGCAUACGUAAAUGGCAAAGGAACACUGCGUGAAUGUUUCAACAACGCCUACGACGUCAAUGUAGCUGGUACUCACGUUCUAACCUCCACAUUCAUACCCCUCCUCUUCCAAUCCUCCGAUCCUCGUUUAAUAUUCGUCACCGGUUUAUCAACGAUCAAUCAAGCAGCGCAAAAAUAUUUCCCCACGCCUCCACAAGCAGCUGGGUGGCCAAAGAAAAUCGGCUUCGAAACCAUCGGAUAUCGAUGUUCGAAAGUGGCGCUUAAUAUGCUGAUGUUGGAUUGGAAUCAUAAGUUGAAGGCGGAUGGAGUCAAGGUUUGGGCGGUGGGUCCGGGCAUGUGCGCGACGAAUCUGGGGGGGUUGGGUCCGCAGCUGGCGUAUCAGAUGGGCUGUGAACAUCCGAGGAGGGGUGGAUUGAUUAUUAGGAGUGUGGUUGAGGGGGAGAGAGAUGAGGAUGUGGGGAAGAUUGUAGGGAGGGAUGGUGUGGUGGAUUGGUGA